AUGGUUGUCUGCACUGUUACUGUAUUUGCUUGUCUCACCUGUGCUUUUCUCGUCAACGGAGAUCGGCAAUUUGCCGGGAACGAGGAAGUGCACGAUGAAAGGUUUCACUAUUUCUCGAUGAGUGACCUCAACAAAGACAAUUAUAUCGAUGGUAACGAGGUUCUGAAAGCCCUCACUCAUGAUCAUGAGGGUAACACAGGUCCUGGUAUCCCAGUACAGGACGAAGAUGCUAUAAUCACAAUGAUCGAUACUGUGAUGAAACAAAUGGAUGUAAAUGGCGAUGGCUACGUAGAUUUUGCCGAGUACAUGAAGGAUCAAACGAAAAAAUCCCCACGAUCCUCGUAG